AUGACAGUGCAGAAAGAGAAGCUGGCCACUUUCAACAUAUUUUUCAAUCCUAGAGCUGGCUCUAUUAAGCAUGCUAGAAGCCCAGCAACAAAACUCCUCUACCUUCCCAAAAAAUUGCUGAGGCUAUGUGAUAUCUUGGGUUUGCUUGGCAAAAGAGAAUUCCUUCCCCAGAUUGCAUGUCCAAGAAGGCUAACAGUCUCUGCCUGCAGCCACCAAGCUUUUGCCAGGGUUUGUACAAGUGUCUUCUUCAAUCUGGGUAGCUGUAACCUGAAAAAUAUUCACAUGAAUCAAAUCAAUGUGUAUACUGCUCAGACUUCCACUGGAACUACUGUGCAGAACAUCGUCCACUGGAGUCAGGAGGCCCAUUCAGGAAAUUUCCAAGCUUAUGUCUGGGGCAGUUCAAAGAAGAACAUGGAAAAAUACCAACAGUUAUAUUUUGCUACUCCUCCUCCUCUCUACAAUGUACUAUAGAUGACUGUACCAACUGCAGCACAGACUGGGGAACAAGACUUGCUUGAAGAUCCCAAGGAUGCAACCAUUUUACUGUCUCAAAUUAAGAGGCUCAUCUAUCACAGGAGAAUUCCCAAAUGUGCGCACCUGGAUUUCAUCUGGGGAUUGGAUGCACCUUUGCAAAGGUACAAUGAGAUUAUUGAUAGGAUGCAGAAGUAUCCUUAA